AUGUUUCUUGAGGAGCAUGAUCCGACGAUUGAGGACUCAUACAUUCAAAACGACGAAAUAGAUGACGAAUGGUGUAUUUUAGAUGUAUUGGAUACUGCUGGUCAAGAGGAAUUCAGUGCCAUGCGAGAGCAGUAUAUGCGGAAAGGUCAAGGAUUUAUUAUUGUGUAUUCAGUUACGGAUCCUCAAAGUUUUCAUGAAGUUCGACGGUUUUAUACACAAAUUUUACGAUGUAAAGACUGCGACUCCUACCCUAUGAUACUGGCUGCCAAUAAAAUCGACUUGGUUCAGCAACGGAAAGUUUCAGAAGAAGAAGGACAACGUCUAGCAGAUGACCUGAAGGUCCCUUAUAUCGAAACUAGCGCAAAAGAUCCCCCGGUCAAUGUAGACAAAAUGUUUCACGACAUGGUACGAAUUAUUAGACGACAACCACCUCCGCCUCCAUUAACAUCAUCAAAAAGUGACCGUAAAAAAGUCCGUUGCCUGUUAUUAUAACACAUUGAUAAAAUUGUACUAACAGUUUUUUUAUAUUGGCAUAUGAAGUGAAUGGUUUUCACACAUUUGUGUAUUUUCCUCCUUGUGGAUAUACCUUUACCUUUUUAACAAUGUAUCAGUGAUGUGUAAGCUUAACUUCCUAUUUCUGUCCUACCUUUUUUUCACCUUUAUUAGUUUUUACUAUGCUUUUCUGUGUGUGUGUGUGUGUAGAUAUAUAUGUGCGUGGAUGAGGAAGGACUGCAAUUGUUCAGCUGUUAUAUCCUAUCAGUGUAACGUGUGAGAUUGAGUGCCCUUCUCUCAGUUUUAUUAUUUUCUCUUCACACUAUGCCCUUCAUUUUCAACUGCUUUUAGCAUCUAUCUAUUCUGUCUGUAUGUGCACUCAAUCAGUGCUGUAUUGUGUUGAAAUUGCGCCACUUUCGCUAGUUGUUGGUUCUGUUUCUCUCCUUCCCUUUUCCGUCCGCCAUAUAUAUAUAUAUAUAUAUGCAUAUAUAAGUACACAGUUAACACACACAUUUUUGUACAGCAUUCGUUUGUGAUUUAUAAUUUUAUAAAUAAGUGAAUAAUGGAUAAGUGAAAAUUAUCUCAAGAACUGUUAUGUAAUUAUGUUGUACGAAUAUUUUUUGAAUAUUCUUUUUCACCAAUUUAUAAAGCUAAUCUUUCAUAUAUAUAUAUAUAUAUAUAUAUAUAUAUAUAUAUAUAUAU